GUCAUAUUUGUGUGUCUGUCCUCUCUAUCAAACAUAGAGUACAGUACAUACACAUAGCAAACACCUUAUAACUUAGUAUAUGAUAUAUUGUCUUCACGAGUGACUGAGCUUUUAGUUCCUACCCUACUAUACACACAUAUAUAUCAUAUCAAAUCAUAGAUACCCUCUAUUAAGACAUAGACACCAUUUAGUGAGUUAAAGUUAUGGCUGAAGUGUCGACAGCGGCUGCCGACCAAAAACAGGUAGUUCUGGUGACCGGCGCCAGCGGCUGUCUUGGCCAACAUCUGGUCAAACAUUUACAGGAACGGGACGAGUCGGUCAAAGAGAUAAAAUGUUUGGAUAUAAAGCCCUAUCAAAACAAUUUACAGCACAAGACGGAAAAGCCGAUGACUAUCAUUACGGCGGACAUCCGUAACGAAAGGGCAGUCGUUAAAGCACUGGAAGGUGUCGAUUGUGUCAUACAUUGUGCCGCAGUGGUCGACACUGGCCUCUGGCCCGAUGUUAAAACAAUGAAUAGUGUCAACGUUGACGGCACACAGAUAUUGAUGGACGCUAUGGUUGAAUUGAAUGUCAAAUAUCUGGUGUUUGUCAGCGGUGCCGACGUCAUUGUCGGCGACGACCCCAUCUAUUACGGCGCCGAAAAUACGACACCCGUUCCCAAACGUCAUAUAUUAGCCCACUCUAAGACCAAACUCGAUGCCGAAGUCCUGGUCAAAGAGGCCAAUGGUCGACAACUGUCAAACGGUAAAGACUCGUUGCAUACAAUCAUAAUGCGACCGUCGCUGAUCUACGGUGAACAGGACCAACACUUUAUCACUGCCGUAUUGAAGCUGACCAAACAACAGUCGGGUGUAUUGCGCCAAUUGGACAAUGUUUUUGUCAGAAUACAGCCAACCUAUGCGGGCAACGCCGCCUGGGCCUGUCUGCGGGCUAAAGACAAGCUUCGUGAGGACAAAUCGGUGGCCGGCGAAGAGUUUUUCGUUACCGACGACACACAAAUUCUCGAUCCGUUUGAGUUUCUGGCGCCGUAUGUCCAGUCGCGCGGCUAUAAGCUAUCGGUCCGCGCCUACCCGUACUGGUUGUUCAUGUUAGUCAUGUAUUUUGUGGUUCUAGCCGUACGGCUACUGUGGUCCGUCUAUCCCAUUGAAUUGCCCAAAGGUCUGACACAACCGACACUCAGAUACCUGUGCAACACAUACUUCUACAAUCGUACCAAAGCUACACUUCGUUUGGAUUACGAGCCGAUCUAUGGUUACGAAGAGUCUCAGCAAAAGUCUCUGCAAUACUAUAAACGAUUGUUUUUAUAGUUAGAGAGAAAGAGAGAGAGAGAGAGAGAGAGAGAGAGAGAGAGAGAUCUGAAUUAAUUUCUGACAUAAACCUAAUUGCCUGAUAUAAUUGGUUGUAUAGAAAUUAUUAUAUAAAAAAAUUGUGCUAUAAUUUAUUCUAUAACACAAUUGACUUAAAAAAUCUCAGAUUACAAUUAUUGUUGUAUAAUUUUAGGGUUAAUAAGUUAAUAGACAUUUCAUAAUAUAUACAAAAUAUAUACCAAUAAUUUGUUUUUAACUAUACAUAAUAUGUAUUACAUAUACAAUUAUGCCAGGCAAUUUGGUAUUUAUUAGAUUUAAUAAUUUUAUUACAAUUACCGUAUAUAUAUAUAUUUAUUAGUAGUUAAA